AUGGCCCGAGUCACGGUGCGUGCUUCACCGGCGGACCGGCCAAAGGUUUCCGAAAAGCUGGUGCAGCCCAGCGUGGGCUCCAAGUUCGACCCCUUCAGCAUGGUGUCCGCCGAGAUGCGCGUGCUGGCGAAAAACAUUGCUACUCUCAUUGGCUCUGGGCACCCAACGCUCAACAGAGUGGCGUCGUACUAUUUCGAGGCAGAGGGCAAGAACGUGCGGCCGCUGAUCGUGCUGCUGCUGUCCAAGGCGCUCGCUAAGAUCCCAGAGUCCGAGAGGACCCGCAUCGCGAUCGACCCCUACGACGUGAACGAGCAGGAGGAGUUCAAGGGGACCCCGAGGGCAUUUUCCUUUGCGGGACAGAGCCCGCUCGACUCGAUCAGCCCGCUGCGGGUGCUGCACGGCAUCAACCCGAACAUCAUUCUGAACCCGUUGUCGAAGCCAAUGAUGGACAGAGAGCUGUACAAGGCGAAGGACGCGCAGAACGGCAUUCUGCCCAAACAGAGGCGCCUGGCAGAAAUAACCGAGAUGAUCCACACGGCGUCGCUGCUGCACGACGACGUGAUCGACUUUUCGGACUCUCGCCGCGGCAGAGACUCCGGGAACGUGGCGUUCAGCAACAAGAUGGCCAUUCUUGCAGGCGACUUCCUGCUGGGCAGAGCGUCGGUCUCGCUGGGACGACUGCGGAACAGCGAGGUGGUGGAACUGAUGUCCACGGCGAUCGCGAACCUCGUCGAGGGAGAGUUCAUGCAGCUGAAGAACACCGUGAUGCAGCCCAACGUCGGCCAGAUCGAAAACGGCGGCGUCGUCAAGCGGAUCCCGGAGCCCACGGGGAAGGUGCCCGUCGAGGUGCACGAGUACUCCGUCAAGAUACCGGAGACCAUCUCGCACGAGGAAAACGUCGAGGCCGCGUUCCAGUACUACCUGCACAAGACCUAUCUGAAGACUGCCUCGUUGAUGUCCAAGUCGUCGAGGUCGGCCGCCAUCCUGGCCGGCUGCAGUGACGACGUGAUCGAGAACUGCUACCAGUUUGGCAGAAACCUCGGUCUCUGCUUCCAAAUAGUCGACGACAUGCUAGAUUACACCACAACCGCAGAAAUGCUGGGGAAACCGGCCGGGGCAGACCUGCAGCUGGGCCUCGCGACGGCACCUGUGCUGUACGCAUGGAAAGAGAAGCCGGAGCUCGGGCCGAUGAUCGGCCGCAAGUUCUCCAAGCCUGAGGACGUCGAGAUUGCAAGAAAGGCCGUCGAGGACGCCAAGGGAGUGGAGAAGACGCGAGAACUGGCCGAGAAGUACUGCACCGACGCGCUCCGCAACCUGCGCACCCUGCCGGACUCGGACGCACGAAACGCGCUCGAGAUGCUCACCAACUCGGUCCUCACCAGAUCCAAGUAG